AUGAGUAUCCGGACUCCACCCACACUCCUGCGGCUGGCAGGAGAGCGCCUGCUGAGGGACCAGGCCUCAGUCAUCACAGCUCUGGAGUACCUGCCCGCAGAGCUCUUCCCGCAGUUCUUCAUUCAGGCCUACCGUAGGAGAAUUCGGGAGCCCCUGCAGGCGAUGGUGCAUGCCUGGCCCUUCACUGUCCUCCCUCUGGGCUGCCUAUCACAGCUGUCACUGGACCAGGUCUUAAAAGCUGUGUUGGAUGGGCUGGAUGUUCUGCUUGCCCAGGAGGUUCGCCCCAGGAGCUGGAAACUGCGGGUGCUGGAUUUAAGGAACACGUGUGCUGACUUCUGGAGAAUGUGGUGUGGAGACAGCACCCGGAAUUGCUCACCUGCGGGACCAGUGGCUGUGCACAGCUCCAGCCCCAACACUGAGCACCCCUUGGAGGUGUUCCUAGACCUUAACUUCAAUGAAAGGGAUGGGGAUGAGUUUCUCAAGUUCAUCAUCCAAUGGGCCCAGCAGAGGGAAGGGUUGGUACACCUGUGCUGCAAGACGCUGAGGAUUUCUGAGGUGCCCUUCCAGAGGGUCGGGAAGGUCCUGGAUGGGGUGCAGCUGGACUGCAUCCAGGAGGUGGAAGUGAACUACACGUGGGACCUGCCCACCCUGGGGACGUUUGCUCUUUACCUGGCGCUGACGCAUUCAGACCUGACACGCCUGUUCCAGUGCCCGAACCUCAGGCAGCUGAAGUCCCUGCAUCUAUUUGGCCUCAGCCUAGCGGAUUUUAGUCCCGAGCCCCUCCGAGCUCUGCUGGAGGCAGUGGCACCCACCCUCCAGGACCUGGGCCUGGAUAACUGUGCGAUGGUGGACUCUCAAGUCGAGGCCAUCCUGCCUGUCCUGAGCCGCUGUCACCAGCUCAGGGACUUCACCAUCCCUGAGAACCCCCUCUCCGUGGCCACCGUGGAGAAGCUGCUGCGUCACACAGCCGGGCUGCGCAGUUUAGAGCUCGAGUUGUACCCCGUCCCCCUGGAGUGUUACAGGAUCCAAGGGACUGUCAACAAGGAGAGACUUGCCCUGAUCCGGGCUGAGCUCACGGGGAUACUGAGGGAGUUAGGACAGCCCAGGACCAUCUUUCUUGGCACCAAGUACUGUCACAAAUGUGGCAAAAGUAAAGUUUAUGAGGUGGAGUUUUCAUGA